AUGCCUCCGCACGAAGGAUUGGUCCAUCUCAAAGAGUACGACAUCAAAGACAGCAAUGUGGAACUGAUCGGUUCAGACAUCGACCACCGCGUCAAAUACAACUCAGCCGCAUCCGAACCAGCCUGGAACAACGGACUGGUAGGCCAAGAAUGCGGCCUCUUCAUCUGGCGCAUUGAGAACUUCGAGGUCGUCCCCUGGCCCAAGGAACGAACAGGCGAGUUCUACGACGGCGACAGCUAUAUCGUCCUGCACUCCUACAAGGUCGAGGACAAGCUGUGCCACGAUAUCUUCUUCUGGCUGGGAAGCAAGACCACGCAGGACGAGGCGGGCACGGCCGCGUACAAGACCGUCGAGCUCGAUGAGUUCCUGCGUGGGACUGCGACGCAGCAUCGCGAGGUGCAGGCGCACCCCUCGCCGGAGUUCAUGGCGCUAUUCCGCCGGCUCUGCGUUCGGUCUGGGGGCGUGCGGUCGGGCUUCAACCACGUCGAGACAAAUGAACAAUCAUCGAAGGAGGCCAUCACGCUGCUUCGGAUCUUCAAGCACCCUGCUGCUGCGCGAGCGGAUUCAGUCAUCGUGCACGAGGUCGAGCCGACCUGGGAGAGUCUCGACGACCAUGACGUCUUUGUCUUGGAUCAGGGCCAGAAAAUCUGGGUCUGGCAGGGCAAGAACUGCAGCCCGAUGGAAAAGGCAAAAGCCGCUCAGGUGGUCAACGAUAUGACUCUUGCUAAACAUCUCGACGUCGAGGUUCUUUCCCAGCUGGAGUCGCGAUCCAAAAUCAUCGUGGACCUCCUCGGCGGCAAGGAUACCAGCAGUCGUCUUUCCAGGCGCCGCGGCCUGUCUCGUUCCCUGCAGGAGGCGAUCGGGAUAGUGACGCGUCUCAAUCACUCAAGUUAUUCCGACUCAGUGACGCCACAGGGGCGAUUUCGUUCGAUCUCGUCAAAGACGGGCAGCAGAUCUCCCCGUCAGAUUUGGAUGGAAACGAUGUUUUUCUUUGCGACACCGGUAGCAGACUAUGGGUCUGGCAGGGCUCGCAGGCGAGUAAACGGGAGAAGGCGCUGUGGCUCAACGUUGCCCAAUCCUAUAUCCGACAGAUUCAAGAGGCUCGGACCAACCCAGCUGUCCAUCUGA